UGAACCAAUCAUUCAAUGCUUUUUCUUCACUUGUUCAAAGAAAAGUUCACACCCCAUUUUCAAGAACCAACCAACCCAACAAUAUAAUAUUUCCCCUUUUGUUCAAACUAUCCAUCCCCUAUUUCUUGAAUAAUACACACACUCAUACACACAUUCAUACUCCAAGUUUCUUGAUCAUGCCUUCUUCUUUUUCCCUCAUUCCCACAACAAAAGCUUGAAAUUUUCUCAUACCCGUUUCUUUAAUCUUCCAAAUUUGCAAGAAUUAACCAAAAACAAAGAUCAUGUCAUCAAUCUUGGCUUCAAAUGGGAUGGUGUUAGCCACCGCCAUGGCCGCCGUCUCCGGCACCGUCCUCCUCCUCGCCUUCCGCCUCCAGAAACAACCCUCCACCGCCGCCGUCACUACCGUCCAAUUCUCAAUCAUCCCUCACCCAAGACCCUGUAUCUCCUCAGAUGGGAAGAAGAGAGAGAAAAAGCACAAGAAAGUACACUUUGCAGAGGAUGUCAUGGAACCCAGUGGAAAUGGAGAAGAGUUUAGAAGAAGGCUUCAAAGUAAGAAUCUUUCUCAAAACCGGUGUUAUUCGUCAAAUUUGAAAGAUGAAGGGGCUCAAAAGAAAAUAGUAAAAAACGAGGGUAUUCCAGCAAAUCGGAUGGCCCUGUACUCUGGAAUUCUCAGAGAUCGUGGUCUUCAUCGUGGUUCUUACUGCUAAUCGACUUUUGACUUAUUUUUACAGUUUAGUCACUUCUCAAUGUAAAUUAUUUAGUUUCAACCCCUCAUCUUACACGGAACUGCAAAUUGCACCUCCUUUAGUUCUAAUUACUUUCUUCUUUUGAUUACGAUAGCCGUUUGUAUUUAUCUUGUACUAUCUUGUACAAAUUGAAAUGAAAAUUGAAUAUUUUGUAUGGUCGAA